AACUAUUGUGAGUCCCAGUGCGGUCUGGUGGCAGGUACACGCUGCCAGUCGGUAGAACAUUUGUCCCCGCCACCCAGUGACAGUACACACAUCUGGACACUUCCACUUGCUGUGGUGACUGCAUCAGCUUACCAUGACUUCACGCAGGGAUUAACUUUACUUCCUGAUGUUGGUGUGUGUCGGAGCUCUCGGUCCCCUGUCCUUGUAAACAAUGCUUGUGACAAGCACCACGGGUUCCAGUGAUACUGGAGAUGGAACUGUGAGGAUGAAGGAGCCUUUGAUGCAAAGCCAGCGACUCGCCCCUCCGGCACCAGCAACCCUGUGUUGUGGAAGAGUGCCGGUGAGGGGGAUACUGGUGGUGGUGGGUGGUUUUCUGAUGCACAUGACGCUGGGGACACAGUUGACGUACGGUAACACCAACCCUUACCUCGUGUCCUACAUCCGGCGCCACUCCAGUCCUGACGACAUCCACUACGUGGACGGCAUCUGGAUCCAGGCCUGCAUGCUCAUGGGCCAGGGCGUCUCCAUGUUUGCAGGGGGCAUAAUCGAGCACCGGCUGGGACCGCGCAUUGCCUCCCUUGUGGGCUGCUGGUGCUUGAGCGCUGGCGUGUUACUUACCUACCUGACAAUAAAAAUAAGUUUCGCCAUGUCUGUCCUGACCUACGGCAUGAUGUUUGGACUUGGCUGCGGUCUGGCCUACCCCAUUCCUGUCACCUGCGCCAUGAAGUGGUUCCCAGAACAUCGAGGGUUAGUUGGCGGAAUCGUGUUUUCUGGAUUUGGAUGUGGUCCUAUCGUCUUCAACCAGGUGAUCACCCUCUACCUAAACCCCAGUAACUUGCCGCCUACUCAGAAAGGACAGGAUGAUGUGUACUUUACACAGGAGGAGAUUCUCCAGCGCGUGCCUAACCUCUUCCUUGUCCUGGGGGGCACCUAUGCCGUCAUGCAGCUCAUCGGCGCUCUGCUGACGAUAUACCCCGUGACCCCGCAGAGCAGCCAUGAAGCUGUGUCAUCUGAAGGUUCCCCAGAAAUGCGAGGCUUUGUCAACAGUAGUGAAAGCCCUGAAAAUGUCCUAUGUAAUGAGACUGGUAGUAACCUGGAUAUUCCGCCUCUACAGAUGCUGAAGACAAAGAAUUUUUACCUGCUCUGGUUUCUCUUCCUCUUAGGCGGCAUGGGUGGUGUCUUUGUAGUAGCUUUGUACAAGUCCUACGGACAAUCUUUCAUAGCUGAUGAUGAGUUCCUGGCCAUCGUGGGGUCAUGUUCCGCAGUUCUCAACGCAGUGGGCGGGAUCUUCUGGGGUCACGUGGCCGACAGAUUCACCUUUAAUGUGGCAGCCAAGAUUCUGUACGUCAUGUUCGCGUCUGCCGUCUUCACCUUCUCAGGCGCUGAACACGGAGGGAAGCCAUACUUCAUGAUCUGGGUGUGCGUCAUUUUCUUCGCCAUCUCCGGCAAGUACGCCAUCAUGCCGCCCGCUGUGGCCCGGAUGUACGGCAACACCUACAUGAGCACCAACUACGGACUUUUGUACACCUCGCAGGUUUUAACCUCGGCAGCCAGCGCCUUCAUGGGUGUGACCCUGCAGCAGAUGCUGCACUACACCGGUCAGUUCUUCUUCAUCGGAGGCUUUGCCUGUGUCGGUUUUAUUGUUACCUUCUUCCUGGACGCGAGAACUCCAGACGGCAAAGAGGUCUAGUAAAGCUUCGUGUUAUACUGCGAUCACAAUGUCCUGUCCACCGAGGUCAAAGACGUCUGUGGUGCUGUCAGUAACCUCCUUGUGCCCACACGACAGUUGUUAACGUGACAGAGAUGUACAGCGAUGUAUAACUGACAUAGCUAUGACUAUAUCUUCUAUACGAAAACUGGAUUGUGGAUGUGGCUCUGAUCUGGCGAUUCGUGCAAAACACAUGCACACAAUGGCGCGUGGACUACAUUCUUGCACAUAAACAGAGGCACGUGAACAGACCAUGUAUAAAGUCAAACCUACUUGUGCAUUUUACAAAAAACUCCCCAGCACCGAAAAACCGUCUUGUAGCAGAAUUAGAGGAGAAAAGAUACAAUAGGAAGCAAGGGAUGGGAGGAAAGUGGUCCACAACGGAGGAAGUGAUAGAGCUGAACAAGAAGACAGAGAGAUGUCAGACAACAAUAUUCAAUAGAUAAACAUGUAUGGCAUAGAGAUUUUUUCAAAAUUCUUCUCUUCAAGUGUUCACACUGGAUACGUAAACUUGAGAUAACGCAACACUAAGGCUUCUUCGGGAAAUGUGUCCGCCUAGCGAUUGUGUUUGUUUGUUGGUUGGUUGGUUGGUUUGUUUGUUGAUUUAUUUAUUAUCACUGUGCACAGAAGAAAGCAAGCAGAGCAUACAUUGGACAUAUCGUUUUCGUUUUGAAGGCCUCCGCCGGUGGGAGAGCAGCAAACAUAUGUUGAUCAGUCCUAUCUGUGUACCAAUGUGACGUCACGAUUCUGAUCGUGCAUGAUGAGAUUUGUAGUCGUGUAUCUCGAGAACGAAAGGAGGGUAUUCACUCACGUUUAGAAAGAAACUAUUGCACCCCACAAACCCUUUCAAACAUUAUAAUAAGAACAACAAAUAAAAAUAACGUAAAUUGUUUAUUUAUGUUUUGUUCUCAGUGUUAAAAGGGUUAUAAGGUCAUAAAGGUUAUAAAGCCACAAAGUAGGAUGCUAUUUCAGUUUACUCUCAUGUUGGCUUUAUUUAUUUAUUUAUUUUAAUAAAAUUUGUCUUUCGAGUAAAUUUUCACACUUGCUUGUGAUUUGAUUAUGUGACGUGACGCGAAUGUCGUUAAGCCACCACUCGCGAAGACGUGCAGGAUUGAUAAGUGGAAGGGACGGAACUAAGUGCCAUACUGACAGCACUUCAGAUACUUCAUCUUAAAAUGAAGGACACCAUGCAGCGACAAUACUUACUAAUAUCUGGAUCGCUAUCAGCGUUCCAGUCUCUAAAAAACCAAGUCCUCAAGCAGAAUAGACAUAGUAUAUAAGGUAGUAUCUAUUACAACGAAGAUUAGCAAGAAAAUAGAAAUAUUAAGUUCCUUUGGGUUCCAUCUCAUAUAGGAAUAAAAGGAAAUGAAAAGGCUGAUAAACUAGCUAAAUUGGCAACAAAACAAGAAGCAAACCCUUAAGUCACCUCAUUAUUUUACCAACAGAGAGAAGAAUGGCCAUAAACACAGCAAUAAAACUAAGGUGGCAAGAGAAUUAUAAGUUAUCUUCAUUUACAAAGAUAAAGGUACUAAGAGACUGAUAGAUGACCAGCCUAGUCAGACUCUGAAAUUCUAGCUAUUUUGAUUAGUUCAGACCUAUUUGACUUUAAGAAUUUAAAUGUAGAAACAAAAGGGCACCUUUCGUCAGUAGGUCAUCAUUUUCAGUAGUAAUAACGGGGAGGCUACAGGCGAUGAGUCUGACAGGAAAGCGGAAGUCAUACGACUGAUGGAGUCACUUCCGUUUUGUUUCUGCUAUGUAAGUGUUGUAGACAGCGAGUUCCAAAGGAAAACACACACACACGCACGCAAACAAGUGUGGGGCACAGGGCUUGACAAAGAGGGUUCAAAGUGCAUGCAAUUUAGAGUCGAUUCUAUUUUACAUGAUGAGAAAUCGGAGCCUGGUGAGUAUCAGCUGACAUCUCUAUCAUUGUAGUACACUGCGUCACGGCAGUGUUCAAGUGAACACAUCAGUUCUACCACCAUCAUGAAUACAGCUAAACAUUGUAAUAUAAGCAAUGCAUACGAUUUUUGAGCUGACUGUUACAGUGUGACUGUUGUGUUGUGCUCUAAAGCUGAACUGACACACAACAACAACAACAACAACUUUCAUUACAACAGAACUCCGGACAAAAUGUACUACACUCUGUACUACAACACCCCAAAUAUUAAAAAAAAAAAAAACCCACACACACACACCGUGAUAAUAUGCCUCAAGCAAGCCUUCAUUAUUCACCUACGACCAAGAAAGAUCGAGCUUGCUGAUGACAAGUUUUGUAUUAUGGUAUUAAGAACGUUUUCCUGUAGCCGGUUGUGGUCUGAGAGAGAUAAUUCUUCAAACAUCCCUGAGCUGAGGAAGCAACAAAGUUCUUGAAGGAGGCUGGUCACAAUUUCAGAAAAAAAAUUGCUGAGAAGAGUUUGGAAAUUGAGAACGACCACUCAAGGAUCAGACUGGCCAGUGUGUACAGGACACGUACGAGGAGAGAAGUCAUUUCCUAUGCAUGCCUGUGGUAGAUCCUCAUUUUCGAGUAAUAAGUCAGCAGCUGUAUAAUAGGGCUAUUAUCUUCACUCACGUAUUUUAAACGACGGAAUAAUCAAAGGCGCAGUCAGCUGACACUUGUUUACAAAACCUCAGUUUGAUGUGACUGAUGUCAGGGUCUGAAAUAUUUCAGUCCUAACAGAAACCAUUUAUUAAAGUCUGAUUUUUGUUUUCUACAACAAAGUUAUUUCAACGUUAGUCACAGUCGGCUACAACAUUCACAUUAAAUCGUAUACUUCACAUUCGGCUGUAUCAUUCGUAUUCAGCUGUAUGUAAUGACGAACGAACAUUUACUUAUCUUAUUUACAUGACACACUCACGAGACACACACACAACGCUUGACGAGCCCCCUUCAGAUGACGAUGAGGAUGAAGAGAUUUGUACAUGAAUACAAUCAAAGAGGCACAAAUUCAGAGAAUUGUCACUGAGAUAGUCAUAAAGAUGGCGGAGAAGUCCGUUGUUUUCCCUCUCACUUGGCUAUUUUUAUACAUGACGUCUUUUUCUGCUUCAAGUGACGUGGAACAAAUGACGCACACAAGACGUCAGACACAAAACACCAUUCAUACAGGAGACAACACAAGACUUACUACAACUCACUACACUGUCAUUCAUAUUUGGCUGCAUGUCACAUUCAAGAACUCGACUACACCAGUCACAUUCACACUGCCUCAGUCACAUUCACACUACAUCAGUCACAUUCACACUACAUCAGUCACAUUCACCUACGUAUGUGCUCAUCACACUCAUCAUCCCCACUUCAUUCCCCACCCCUCAAACUAUGUAUGAGGUCUUAGAGGAUUAGAAAUUGUUGAACUAUAAAGACACACCGUGUUUGUGUAUUGAUAACUAGGAAUCCACAAAGAACC